AUGGCAGUGGAUUCUUAUAUGGAAACAUUGAACCAGAUGGUUCAAUUGUUUAAAGAAUAUAAACCUGGAUCUGUGACUUUGGAAAAUAUUACUAGACUCUGCCAAACUAUGGGACUAGAAUCUUUUGUUGAUGAUAUAAGUAACGAUUUGGCAAGAUUAUCAACCGCCUCAAAAAUUAUUGUGAUUGAUAUUGAUUUUGAUAAGAUCAACAAUAAAGUCAAAGACGUGAAGUUGGUUCUUGCCUCGAAUUUUGAUUACUUCAAUUAUUUUAUCGACGACUAUGAUCAGAGCAAAGGUGAAAGUAAUAACGUCCUUUUGAAUUCUUUAAUCUUAUACAAUGAUUUGAAACAGUUCCAUAACAAUUUGCAAUUUUUGAAUCUUUUAGAUACUUACUCACAAGUGGAUAUAGACAAUUCCACAUCUGCAGGUCCCACAAUGGGAAAUAUUUUUAAUGGCGCGAACCAUAGUAGCAACACUAAUAAUCACGCAGGAAGCAUUGGUUUUUCCUUUGAUAAUAGUAAUACCACCACUAAUCCUACAAAUAAUGGAAAUUCUAAUAAUAAUAUUCUUAGUACUGGAACAAUGAAUGAUUCCAAUACUCUGACAAAUCAAAAUGCGACGAAUAAAAAUGGCAAACUUGAUUUAUUCAAAUACUUCACUGAAUUAAGAGAACAUACAACCAAAUACGUCCAAACUUAUAAUAAAAAUCUAAACGUCGUAGCAAAUUUAGGUAACAAUAUUGGUGUGUACAUUAUAAAACCAAAUAGUGACCAAACUACAACUGACAAAAAAUAUGUAGAAAAUGGUUCAAAUAUUUUAGCUAAGAUUACUAUACAAAAAUCUAAAAAUCCUCAACAUCAGUUAUUUGAAUAUAUUUAUUCUGACGCUACCAAAAAUUGGAUGAAUGAAACACCAAACAACAAUAUCUGUGGUGCUAGUCUUAUUUUAGAAAUAUAUAACGAGGAUAUUUAUUUCCCUGAAAGUUUUGUUACUGAUGACAUGAUCUAUGAUAAUUCUCCUGAAAAUACCAAAGAAAAGAAUACAUAUAUCUCACAAUUAUUAAAUAACGUUAUUAUAAAUACCAAUAAUACUACUGAUAGGAUUUCUAAUGAAAAAGAAAUCGUUCUUUUAAAUAAUUUCACAACAAAAUUAAUCAAUGUCAAAAAAAUUGACAUAAGUAACGAAAAUUUAGACUUACUCAGUGAUAUAUUGAAAUGGAUAGAAUGGUAUAAUGAAGUGUUAAUACCAUUGUUUAAUAUGCUUGAAACAACUAUCAAGGGCACAAGGAAUAUAAAUGAACAAAACAACUCAUUCAAUUCGCAUCGUCUGCACCAUUUUCAUAAUCACAACAAAAGAAGGCUAUCAAAUAUCAUUGUUGGCCCCAAUAAUCUCCCACACACAUCAAUAAGACAUAGAAGAUCAUCAUCUAAGAACAAAAAACCCAAUUUGACAGAAUCUACCAUACUUAAAGAAGAAGGAUUACAACAAUUUAAUUUACAUGAUAUUCUAUCACAACCUGUUGUAGAAGAAACGGAAUUAGCUUUGUCAGUUAACCCCAACAAUGAGGAAGCAUUAAUUGUUGACGACGAUGAAUCUGAUAAAAUGGUAAUUGAUGAUAAUGGCAUGAUGUCUUCCAAUAAUACUUCGAUAAACCAAAGUACACUCCAAUUUAUUCUAUCUGAAGAUAAUAUGGAAUUUAAUAAUCAACUGAGAUGUAGUUUGUAUGACGACAGAAAUAAUUGGGACAUAUUUUUGAGAGAUAUAAAAAAUUUUAUAGAGUAA